CCUCCGGAGGGGGGCGUGUUUUAAACAAGAUGCUUCCCGAUAACUGACGAAGCGCAGACACUACUACAGUGUGUAUUUACUAAAAAAAUAAAAAUAAAAAUAAAAUACAAAUCCGUUACGUUGUAGGGGUCUUUAAAGCGCGUGAGCCAGUGACAUGAAUAAACACAUGGAACAUGUUCGAGUACAGUGUGUGUGAGUGUGUGAAACUGAGUUUAUGGAGGUUGCGUUAAAGCCUAUUGGUGACGUACAGUACUAAAUGACUGUAGGAUAUUCAGACGAAGACAUUGUUCUGACACGUUAUGGACUAAAGGAAAGUCGGACAGGUCGAAAUGUCGGCUGAAGGAGGCAUUAUUAAACACUCUGGAGUGCUUUCGUGCUUGAGGGAAAAGUUUGAGAGUCCAUAACGCCUCGAUAAACACACUUCACUCGAUGAGACGUGACACCGACUCAUUUCCUGGAUCCAGUCAGCAGCAGGGAUUGUUUCACUCCGCCGCCUGAGAAAGGACAAACUGAAAAUAAUCACAAAUAUGCUGCAACUAACCUCCACCUUCGACAUUCAGAGAGAUGCUGUUUCCACACUUGUAGCCAAAGAGGAGACCGUGAGAAGCCGCAGAGAGGACGUGCUGGUUGUUGACACUCAAAUCCUGAACGUUGAGAGGGAUGAAGGUGUCGUGUAUUGCUGGAGAGGAGCCACAGGGAACACCAGAAUCGGCAAAUACGACCCUCAAACCAAACAGAAUAAGCUACUGUACACUUUUGACAAGCAAGUGUGUAUUAGCAGCUGCUCUCUGAAUAGAGAAGAAACACUGCUGGCGGUCAGUCUGACACGGUCAUUACAGGGAGGAGAGGAUCAUUUUAAACCAGUUUCAAAAUACCUGACCCUCCUUAUAGAAAUAAAUCCAAUGAACAACACUAAGGUUAUAAAAGCUGUGGAUUGCAAGGUCAAAGUUCAGUUCCUGUAUCCUGACUCGUCACGGAACACUGUGCUGGAAAGCCAUUUGUUGGUGGCGGCAGAAGAUGGCUAUAUUGACCGGUACCACAUACUGCUGGGGAGGCAGGAAGGCUGUAAAGUUGUGAUGCAGAACACCGAGCGUCUGGGGAAAGACAGAGUGACGGACGAGUUCUGCUGGGUUCAGUGGGACUCGGACACCCAGAGACUCUUCUUCCUAACAAGCAGGGAGAAAUAUGUGCUUAAGUGUGUACAGUUUUUUCCUGAUCACCAUUUUGAGACCCUGUUUGAACUCCCCUUGGAGUUACCCAGUAAUCCUUUCACCUCUGUGAGGUUUAUUAAUUUCGGACAUGAUCACUUCCAAGAGCGGGAAAACGAGGGAAUGAAACUGACGGUCUUUACAGAGAGAACUGGGAUCAUGUGUGUGUGCUACAGCCAUCCUCUGCAUGGUGUCGAGGAUUAUACAUACACUAUUGCGUUUGUGCACAGAGGUUUCAGAAAGACUUUCACUAUAGCACUUGAAGAAAGCGUACAGCCAGGCAGCAUGCCAGCCCUCCAGCCACUCUUCAUCUAUUUGGGUCAUUAUGUUGUAGUUUAUCUAGCUGGCCACUUCCUCCAUCUGAUCAACUGCAGGCAGCAGGACCUGCUCUGCCACAGUCUCUUUCUGUCAGGUGCCGAUGCCCAUGUGGAUGCACUGGGAGUCAACGACGUUUUAGUGAGCAUUUCCGGUCACAAGCUGGUGGAUUGGGGGAUGGGCAGGAUAUAUACCAUCAACCUCAGCCAUGAUUUCCUGCUUCAGCUACUUAGCCCUAUUCGGCCAGAGGCGCAACGUCUUGCCGCGCUGCACUGUGUGCUGGUCCACCUUGGACCCGACCAGGACCUAGAGAAGAAGAUCAUCUACUGGAUCAGCGAGAACCUGAUGAGCUUUAAUGCUUUCGAUCAGAUUCAGGAGUUUAUUCUGGGUUCUCUAUACAGGAUGUGCUGUCAGCAGUGUCUCAGUCUCAAUAAAGUGCUUCCAUACUCAUCUGUGUUUGAGAAGAAGGAACUUCCUGUAGCGCUGACUGCUAUCCCUGGUGUAAAGUGCACACCUGAGCUGCUCGCUCAGCCAGUAAUUAAAGGGAAGGCCAGGAGUCUGCAGGGCUAUUGGAAUGAGCUUCAGCGGAUUAUUGAAAGGACUAAAUAUUUUGAGACCGUGCCUAACCCUCGAUACCGGUUCUCCCAGAUCAAGAGUGACUGCGCCAAACUAAAAGCAGCGCUGAACUCGGAGAAAAAGAAAUCCUCUAAUAACCUGCAACAACUUGAGGAAAACGCCAAAAAAGUUCUGUCUAUGGUAGAUACAUGCCAUUUGGAUAAGAGAGUGGUCCCUCUCUUUCAGGAGGUGGACCAGCCCCAGAGGGCGCUAGUAGGCCUGAUGGUGGAUAAGCUCCGGGAGCACCUGAACACAUACCUGCCACAGCUGGGGAAGAAAAAGAUUGAAAUGCUGGUGGUGAACUACAUGGCCAAGCUGCUGGAGCUGCUCAGACACAUAUUGGAGACUCUGUGGAUGAAGCUGAACUUGGGUCGCUCUGUACUUUGCCUUAAACAGCGGGGCAGCUCGGACGAGCGGACAAUGUUCCAUACGAUGUGUCGGAUUCUGGAAGCAGCUGAAGGACUCUGUCUUCCCCUCCCACCUGGUUAUUCUACACUUGUGAGUGUGCUGGGUGUACGCUGUCUACCGCACAACACUUUCUUGCUGUAUGUGGACCAUGGCUUUCUACACCUCACUGAGCCUUUUGUGUCACGCCUUAUGACAGAUCUAGAUAACAGCAACGGCAACGAAGAGCUGAAAUUCAGUGUCCUGAAAAGACUUCCCGAGUGCCUGGCUCAGAGAGUGUGUCAGCUUUGGGAUCAUCCAGUCAGCUCAGCCUGCAUCACCAGACAGUGUGUGAGAAGACUAUUGGAGAAAUACAUCAAGACCAAGGCAUCAGUGCAGUUGGACAGAGACAAAUUGUGCUCUCGCCGCGAGUUCCUGCCAUUAACCUACCUCGUCGCUAUUCUCUCAGACACGGAAGAGCACGCUACAAACCCCUUUGAGGAUCAGGAGAACGUGGAUGCCAGGUUUGUGGAGGAAAUUGCACUAAAACAAACUCUGAUCAAGCUGGGUUUCGAGGGAAAGUGAAUACAAGGGGAAGAAUGGACGGCUGCACGUGAAGUGCCACAGAGAGAAACUGACGGAGAUGAUGUGUCACACUGAAAACCCAUGAUUGAUCAUUUUCUGUGAUCACAUGCUGUGUAAUAUCCACCACGUUUAUCCGAAAAUCACCUUCACCUGGCGCACACACACACACACACCCCCCCCCACACACACACACACACACCACCGUCUGCUGAUUUCGAUUAAAGACGUUAUGUAGGUGAAACUGUGUAACAGCUGCGUGAUCUUUCUAUGGAAACAGAUACCAUUCUGUCAUUAAAUAACAGAUCCAAGUCGAAAGGGAUUUCUGUAUCAGCUGUCAAAUGUUCGUUUACACUACUGUGUGUAUGUAUAUAUAAAUAUAUACAUAUAAAGUUUAUUUUAAUUAAGUGUGA